AUGGCGAAGAAAAAGAAAUCGCAGCUCAAACCAGUUGCGCGUGGAUUCGCGACAACAUCAGUGCCGAAGAAAGUGGUUGAAAACGAACAAAAUAUAGAUGAUGCGAUCACCGAUACUACAGCUGAAGAGGCCCCAACAAGUGACGCGUUGCACCCCAGCACGGCUACUCGCGUCCAAUCUGAUGCUCCUCAAGACCACUCUUUCGACCCAGAUAAAGUAGAAGAACAGUCACUGCAGAACCUUGUCGAUAAGUAUCAGGAGAAAACGGAGAAAGAGACGCUCAGAACCAUCAAGGCUAUCGAAGUUGACCGGCGGUUCUCUAAGACAUUGCCUUCAUUGCAAGUCGAUCCUGUUCUAGUAGAGCACAUCUUCAAAUUAUACUGGGAGAGCCCUGAGUGCGAGAGAAAACUUUUAGAGGAGACGGAAGAGAAACUAGUGACGCGACUUGGAAUUACCUAUGGUGUUCUGAGAAGGCUAGGCUUUUCACAGGAGAGAGUAGAUGAAUGCCUCAGGGCAAUCCAGGGGGUAGAUCUGGAGGAAGCAUAUGAAUGGCUUUACAUCUACUGCUCCGAAAACGAACUUGAAGAGAAAGUGGCUGAGGACCUUGAUGACUCGAAAGUGCCUCGGAGAAAGCGUAAAGAGCUUCAGUCUCCGACACCAAGAAGUCCUUUGCCGUCAUCCGCCCCCUUACCACUUUCUCCAGCAGUGCCAGCUGUAUCAAAGCUUGAUGCGAAUGCUCCGGUGUUUGUGCCGGCGAGACAACGGCCAGCGCCAGAUGUAGACUUGCUGAACACUCGAGAUAUCCUUCCUGCCGAAUCGACGAGGUCUUCUCCAUCGAGAUCCAGUUCACCUGAUAUGGAUGACCUGGUCGCGGAGUACGUCCGUAUAAAGAUGCAAAUAACAGAUCUUACUACCAGAGGCAAGCCAGUGGCUCACUAUGACCCUGUACUGGUCCAGCGUCUCCAAGACAAGCUUAUGGCUUUGAAGUCGCACUACUUCUUUGACGAAAAGGAUGCAGAAACGCAGUAUCGGUCAGAACGUGCUAGGGUUGACGUCCUUUUACUCCAGUCAAGAUUACGAGGAUCGAGUCCGGAGCUGUCGGCAACACGAGAGAAGAAAGUGUCAAAGCCCCUCAAUGCUGGUCCACGUGUUGAAAAACAGGAUAUACCUGCGUCGUCUGACAUCCCCGAUAUCUUUGACCAACACGAGGAGGGUCUCGGUGGCAUGCUUGAGAUCUUGGAUACCCUUCCUUCCGAAAUUGCUGGAGAGGGAGGGAUCAUGAUUCGCAUGCGGGACAUGGUCUUGCCCAAGCACUGGUCCAGUAAAACACCGAAGACACUUCUAGCCGAGUUUGUCUUCAAGGUUGACCGGUACGCCGCGGUCACUUACAGUAUUGUUUCUGGGUCGAGUCGUGCGAAACGCGCAUGUGUUACGGUCAACUGGGAGGGAAAAAAGAUGGAUGAGUGGAACAUGCGCGAUGUUGCCUGUCAUACUGAAAUCCAGGCAGAGUACUAUGUCGCAACGCUUGCUUUACACGCUCUUACGUUCCCUGCCACUGACGGCUUUGCGGUCGGGUCUUCCGGUGCUUUAGCCAACCAUACGUCGUUCCGGUUACUCCCGCCUGUCUUCAGAGAUUUAUGGGAUGAGCUUGAGAUAGACAGAAAGUUACGGGAGGACCUGAUCAAUCGCCAAGUCUGGGCGAAUAUGAGAAACAUUGUUGAAAAAAAGAUUGAUGCUCGUCCAAUGUUGAUGGAGAAGAACACGAGGGCCAUUGCAGAAGUCAGGGACCCCACACCAGUUCGGCUUCCGCCUCGCAAUGACACCAGCUCUGAUCAUGUCAUUGCGGACUUCAGGGCGCGACAAAUGCGACCUGCAUAUCAAGAAAUGCUUCAUCACCGCAAGCAGCUUCCUAUUGCGAAGUAUAAAGAUGAAAUCCUAUCCAUUCUUGACCAUUCGCAGAUCCUCGUGCUCAGUGGCGAGACUGGCUGCGGCAAAUCAACACAAGUUCCUGCAUUCAUUCUAGAGGAUCAGCUGGCUCGUGGCCUCCCUUGCAAGAUAUACUGCACGGAGCCGCGUCGAAUAUCAGCGGUGUCUCUUGCUCAACGGGUUUCUCGUGAGCUAGGCGACUCUGCUGGUGCCGUUGGAACCUCGAGCUCGCUUGUCGGAUAUUCGAUUCGACUAGAAAGCAAUACUACACGGAAUACCCGCCUGGCGUUUGUCACGAAUGGUAUCGCGCUUCGUAUGCUGGAGGGAGGCACAGGCCCCAAUGGUCAAGGUACCGCAUUUGAUGAGAUCACGCACAUCAUUAUCGACGAGGUCCAUGAACGCAGCAUUGAGUCAGACUUUCUUCUCAUUGUUCUGAAAUCUCUUCUUUCCCAGAGGUCGGAUUUGAAAAUCAUUCUCAUGUCGGCCACAGUGGACGCGGACAAACUGUCCAAUUAUUUCAACGGAUGCCCCACAUUACAUGUCCCAGGUCGAACCUUUCCUGUGGACAUUCGCUUCUUAGAGGAUGCUAUAGAGUACGCAGAUUGGUCCAUCCAGGAAAAUUCACCUUAUGCGAUUAAUCUACAUAACAAAUCCCACAAGAAUAGGAACAGGUUUGAAUGGGACGAAGACACUGUCUACGGCAAUGAUGACGAAGAGACGCUAGUCGAUGGUGAACAGCAGAUUUCUAGCCAGUCUAUGAGGCUGGAGAAGCGUUACUCCUAUCAAACGAUUAACACCAUCAAUCUUCUUGAUGAGCGCGUGAUUCCUUACGAGUUGAUUGUUCGUCUACUAGAACGCCUCUGCUUUGAGGAUAAAGAGAGCCAUCAUUUUUCAGCAGCUGUUCUAAUUUUUAUGCCUGGUUUAGGGGAAAUUCGGCGUAUGAAUGAUCUUCUUACCGAACAUCAUGCAUUUGGGGAUGAAAACAACUUCUGGUUAUAUCCGUUGCAUUCUACGCUGUCGAGCGAUAAUCAGAGCGCAGUCUUUGACGUCCCUCCCCAGGGAGUUCGUAAAAUCGUUAUAGCGACCAAUAUCGCUGAGACAGGUAUUACUAUUCCUGACAUUACCUGUGUCAUAGACACUGGCAAACAUCGUGAGAUGAGGUUUGACGAAAAGCGCCAACUCAGUCGUUUGGUCGAAACAUUCGUUGCCAAAAGUAAUGCUGCUCAGCGUAGAGGCCGCGCAGGACGGGUGCAGAAUGGACUAUGUUUCCACUUGUUCACCAAAAUUCGUCAUGACACAUUGUUGGCAGAACAUCCUUUGCCAGAGAUGAUGCGGCUCAGUUUAUCAGACCUCGCCCUGCGUAUCAAAAUUAUGAAGGUGAAAAUUGGUACCUCCAUCGAGGAUGUGUUAUCCCGCGCACUGGAUCCUCCUACGCCGGUCAAUGUGCAAAGAGCUAUCUCAGCACUAGUCGAGGUCCGCGCUCUCACACCGUCAGAGGACAUCACUCCGAUGGGUAGACUUCUGAGCAUGUUGCCUACAGACGUGCAUCUAGGGAAAUUCUUGCUCACCGCGGUAUUGUUCCGAUGUCUGGACCCCGCGCUAACAGUUGCUGCUGCUUUGAGCUCCAAGUCCCCGUUCAUAGUACCAAUGGGCAUGGAGCAAGAAGCAGACCGUGCCAAGAGUUCAUUCCGCGUUGAUAAUUCGGACUUCUUGACGAUCCAUAAUGCAUUUUCGAGUUGGCGUAGAGCAUCCGAGAAUCCCAGUUUCGUGCGCAAGUUCUGUCGGGUUAAUUUCCUUAGCCACCAGAAUCUUCAACAGAUCGAGGAGUUACGUCAACAAUUUCUAGGCUUCUUGGUCGACUCUUCGUUUAUUACUGUUGAUAGGAGUUUCGUUCGGGAACUCAGCCGUGCGCGUUUCAGUCGCAACCGCACGCGCUUCGUGAACAUACCGCCGCCUCUGGAUAGCAAUGGGUCUAAUAUUGCUCUCAUCAACUCAGCUCUCACUGCGGGACUUUAUCCUAAAGUGCUGGCGAUCGACUCUUCCUCUAGGCAAAUGCGCACUAUAUCAAAUAACCAAUCUGCUGCUUUUCACCCUACUUCCGUUAACUUUGGCAGGAAGCCCACUGACUUUGGUGUUAACCAUCUCGUUUACUUCACACUCAUGUACUCCAAGAAGAUGUAUGCUUGGGAGACCGGACCCAUCGACGAUCUCGCUAUUGUGCUCCUAUGCGGGGAGAGUGAAUUCAAGAUUCACUCUAACAUGUUGUCCAUUGAUCGGAAAAUCAGAUAUCAGCUCGCCCCCAAAGCCAAUGUUGCGCUCAAGAUUCUUCGCCAACACUUAACCACGAUUCUUGCACUGCAACUCCGUGGUAAACCAUUGUCAGAGUCUCAAGUGUUAUGGUAUGAACUUGCCACCGCAGCUUUGGGAAAAAUCAAACUGGAAACGGGAGAUGACGGUACUAAGCUGAUGAUUAAACUGCCAUAA